AUGGCCGAGCUCAAGAUCCUCACCUUCAACGUCUGCAAGGACAGGCCGCGGCGCCUGCGCGCGAUCGCGGCCUCGCUCCGAGACUCGACCUACGACAUUGUGUGCCUGCAGGAGCUGUGGGUGCACGCCGAGUUUCGGCAGUUCCGGGACGACGUCGAGGGGACCUUUGCGUACUCGCGCUUCUUCCACACGGGCGCGCUCGGAAGCGGCCUCGCCGUGUUCUCCAAGUACCCCAUCAUCGAGUCCCAGGCGCUGCCGUACCACCUCAGCGGGCUGCCGAGCCAUCCGGUCGACGGCGACUUCUUCGUGAACAAGGCUGCGGCGCGGGUGGUCGUCAAUGUCCCCGGCUUCGGCGAGUGCGAGGUGUGGGACACGCACAUGCACGCUGCGGGCGAGUCGGGGCCGGAGACGCGGCAGGCACACCGCAUCAGCCAGGCGUGGCAGCUGUCGAGCGAGUGCCGCAAGGCCGUCCGCGGGGGACGAUAUGUCUUCUGCAUGGGCGACUUCAACUCGCAGCCGUUCAGCGUGCCCAUCGCGCUGAUGAAAAACCACGGCGGACUGAAGGACUCGUUCCGCGAAGCACAUCCGGGCUGCGACGAUGCGGCCCCCGCCGGGCUCAGCGCCGAGGACGCGCUGACGACACUCGGCAUGACGUGCGACUCGCCGCUCAACUCGUGGAGCGCCGGCAAGCCCAUCCCCGCCUCUGUGCUCGCUAACGGCGGCAAGAGGCUGGAUUACAUCUUCUUCGCCGAGCCGGCGGGCAAGCCCCGCCUUCGCGUUGUGCGCUCCGAUGUGGUCAUGACGGAUCUCAUCGACGGGACGACGAGCAUGAGCGACCACUUUGGCCUGGCGUCCACCUUUGCGUUGGACACCAGUACGGCGAGCGGCAGGAGCGAGGCGCAGGAGCAGGGCCGCCAGGCUCAUCCGCUCGCGCAGGUGCCGUACUCUGACGACGAGCCCGCGCACACCACAGGGGAGGGCCACGGCGCCGAGGCCCAGAGCAUCCGCAAGGCCCUUGGCGUCAUGCGCGACUACUACCCCGAGGCGGCGCGGCGGUCCAAGAUCUUCGUCGACAUCACGAUCGCGUGCGUCCUACUCGAGAUUGCGCUCGCGGUGGGAAGCGCAUGGCAGCCCAAGUCGUGGAUCCAGCCGAUCUUCACCGUGCUCGCGUUCGCAUUCGGGAUCGCGGGCGCGACAAGUCUGUACAUCGGCUGGCUGUGGGGGCGGUGGGAGCGGGGCUUGCUCGACGAGUGCGUCUCCGAGAUGGAGAAUGAGCUCGCGGCUCUCAGAGGAUAA